ACAUGGCCGUAUCUCGUAUGUAAUUACUACUACCACACAAUGGUGAGCUAGUAGCUGCUUGUAAUUUGACAUGAAUUGUCCAAGUGGAAAUAUCAAAUUGCGCAACGAACAAAGUUCAGUAAUUUAAUAAUUGACUUGAAUUAUUUAUUUAAAGAUGGCUAAUCACUGCAAGCGUAUAUUUAAAUUUUUUCUUUUGACUCCUUAUAUUAUUUGUCUUGGCAAGAUGCUAUGUGUUAACGAGCUGAAUGGAUUCCAGCAAUCAGAUUUUAAUUAUAGCGAAAAGUCUAUCAGUCGAAUUGCAUUUGGAAGCUGUAUGAACGGCAUGUUUAGUGGUUUAAAAUGGCAUCAGCAGCCACAACCUAUUUGGAAACAAAUUUUGCAGCAAAACCCAGAUUUAUGGAUUUGGCUUGGUGAUGCUGUAUAUGGUGAUACAAGAGUGCUUCCUCUUGUUUGGACACCUUCGCCCUUGGCAUUGAUGGCAAAAUAUUAUAGGAGACAAAAAAAUCAUCCAGAUUAUCAGGAAUUUCUUAAGUCCAAUAUAAGCAUACUUGGUGUUUGGGAUGAUCAUGAUUUUGGCAUGAACGAUGGAGGAAUAAACUUCUGGAACAGAUUACAAACUCAGGACUUGUACUUUGAUUUUCUUGACGAGCCACUAAACAGCAUACGAAGACAGCGCGAAGGACUUUACGUUUCUUACAUCUUUGGUAAUGGUAAUAAAGCUGUUAAGAUCAUCAUGUUGGAUGUACGAUCCUUUGCUGUGCAUGGUAAGGAAUGUGACAUACUUGGAGAUAAACAAUGGCAGUGGCUUGAAAAACAAAUGAGCGACCCUACACCUGUUGCUUUAACCAUUGUAACCAGUGGAAUACAAAUUUUGUCAAAUGCAAUGAGAGGUCUUCAAAACUGGGAAGAUUGCCCACAUAGUUAUGAUCGCCUAAUUUGGUUGACAAGAAGACGAGGAAAGAGUAUAUUUUUAAGUGGUGAUGUUCAUUUUGGUGAAACUUCAUGUCUCAAUAGCUCAUCAUCAGGCUAUCCAUUGUAUGAAUUGACAUCUAGUGGUCUUUAUCUAUCUUGCACCGUACCCAUACUUAAUGAUGACCAAUGUGCUUGGUCAAUAAGGAAUGCAAUAGGGAAUGAUUUUAGGAUAACUGAACCUGUAGUGGAAAGAAAUUUUGGCUUAAUUGAAAUAGACUGGAAUACAUCUCCGGUGGAAAUAAAGCUUUUAAUAUAUGGAAAAAACGCCCAAAUUGUUUCUAAAGUUGUCAUUGACCUUGACCAUAUUAAAAAAAAAAUUACUGCGGAUCGUUGUCCUGAUGUAAAAAGAUCUGGAGCAUCUACCAUAGAGAUCUGUUUGUUUUGGGCAAUCUUAGGAUUUGUUGUAGUUUCUUUAUUUUUAAUUCCAUUAUGUUUAAUAAUUUUGUUUAUAAAAUUAUUUAUUUCGUUGCUGCGAAGAACUUCAAAAGGACAACAGAAUUCUUUACGAGAGAAGCAAAAACGUUCAUGAACUUUACAAAAUAUUUAUUAAUUAUAGGUAACUGAUUUUGCCAUUCUCAAAGUGUGGUUAUUUUAUAUUUGAUUUGAUAACGGGAAAGAAAUUAUUCUUAUAUACUUUUAUAGUUAUAAGCACGACGUUUUGAUCGGUUAAUACAUAAAUUUAAACUUC